AUGUUUUCUGCUCCCCCGCCUCCGCUUUGCCAGCACUGCGGCAAGGUACCCCUCACUGACGACGAUCUUCGCUCAGUCAUCUCUUCUGAGGGCGCAAUCCCUUUCUUCCUGCUCGGCUCAUGGUCCCAUAUCAGCACCAGCCCCUGUCCCCUCUGCCAACUCGUGGCACAUGCCAUCUUCGAGGCUCACCGGCUCUCGCCCGGCUCCGUUCCGCAAGGAGACGACGAAACGUUUGCCCUCGUCUGGAAAGAUAACGCGGAGCCCGGGCACCGCGGGGCAUAUAGCAUCAACGACUCAACAAACACCGCCACGGGGCAAUUCGUCUGUUUCGUGUCCGAGUCGCCCGAAAUCACACAAGUUGCGAAUGGCGCUCACUUUCUAUUGCCGACGAUCAAGCCCAAGGUUGAGGUUUCGAGGAUACUGCAGUGGAUCGAGACAUGUACUACAACGCAUCCCAUCACCAGAUGCAGAGCCUACAACUAUCAAGGCUUCAGGUCAACUUUCCCUAGACUUCAAGUUCUCCGACUUAUUGAUCUCGAGAGUGACAGCUUGAUUGAGGUGUCAGAUAUCCGUCCAUACAAGUAUGUUGCGCUCAGCUACGUUUGGGGCGGAGUUUCCAGCUUCAGGCUCACCAAAUCAACUCUGGGACGACUGCGGCAACCCGACUCGGUCUCCCAAAUACGCGGCAGACUGUCGCUUACGAUACUGGACACCAUGAAGCUAGUGAAGCUCCUCGGGCUUCGCUAUUUAUGGGUCGACCUUCUCUGUCUCGUACAGGACGAUCCAGAGGACCUAAAAAGGGGCACAGCUGUAAUGGACAACGUCUUUGAACGGUCGUGGCUCACAGUCAUUGCGGCCUGUGGAAACCAUGCGAAUUCCGGUCUGCCAGCAGUGACGGGGACCCGGGCCCCGCAACACGCCAUGCGAAUCACAGACAAGACGCGCUUGGGGCUGUAUACACCACUCGACUGGGCGCUUGCGGCAACGGUCUACCAGACUAGAGGGUGGACAUUUCAGGAACAAGCUCUAUGCCAACGAGCGCUCUGCUUCGUCGACAAUAAAGUCUUCUAUCGCUGUGGGAGCGACGAGUUUAGCGAGACAUGCUUAGACCAGCCAGUCGCCAAGAAGAGACACGAGUGGGAAGAGCCAUGGUCUCCGCCUCAAGCGUUCCGGCUAAAGAAUCCAGUGCGCGACUGGGAAGACAUCGUCAGCCGCUACUCUGCCCGCGCUCUCACGGACCAAAGAGAUGUCCUGCGCGCCGUCGAGGGGAUCAUGCGCCGUGCAACAGAGAAGUGGAACAUUCGGUUCAUCGAAGGUACUCCAGUCCAGGCCAUCGACUUCUUUCUACUUUUCGGUGCCGGGCUCAACUCGAUGACUGCAAGAAGGCGCCGGGAAGGAUUUCCCAGCUGGUCGUGGUCGGGUUGGGUGGGGGCUAGUCGCGUUCGUCCGAGCCAAGGACAUGUCUUCUACCAAUUUCAUCACUGGCUCAAGCAGAAGUGCUGGAUACUGUGGUAUGAGAGAGGGGUCGAUGGGGAGUUGAGACUCCUCACCGAUCCUGUGCGCAACUCACCAAGCGGACCUCGCUAUCGGGAGCGCUUCAAAAGCCAGCUUCCUGUUGGUUCAGAUGCCUUUCGCAUUGCACCGUCCUUAUCGCCAGCUGUAACACCUGGAUACCAUAUGUUGCAAUUUUGGACGCUGGCCAUCUUUUUGGAAUUCUCAAGAAGUAUUUCUUGGUCUGAGGGUGAUCUUCGAGGAGCAGAUGGUCAGAUAUGUGGGGAAUUGGUGGUAGAUAGCAUCGAGGAGAUGCCUAGCUUCGAGCACGCAGGGCCAUAUGAGAUACUCCUUCUUUCAGAAGCUGUGUCGACUCCUCAUCCUCAAACCCGACAGUCUGAGUACGAUUACAACGUCAUACUAGUUAAGCGUGACGGGGAUUACGCGGAAAGGCGCGGAAUCGGGCACAUUCGAGAAUGGGCCAUUGGCACAAGUUUAGCGCCAGGGCCAGUUUGGAAAGAAAUUAUGUUGAAGUGA